GUUGUGUUGUGCACGUGUGCAUUCCUGCCUCUGGUAGCGUGAACAUCUCAUCACACGUGAGCAGUACAAACUGGAGCAGAGGGACAAGACAUCCAGGCCGAGGAAAAAAAGAAGAUGAAGAAAGGGGGAGGAAAUAGGACGAGGUUAAGCCAGUGAUUGUACCGGAGUGGCUCUGAGCGCUUGGCUGAUGACGUGAAGCGCUGCGCGCACAUCUGGAACAGCUUGCGCGGCUGCACCUGAAGAGAAGGCGCUCCUCCGCAAAACCCUCCUGCCAGCACUUUCUCCAUCUCCCUCGCGCUCUCUUUUUGCCUUUUCUUUUUUUUUUUUUUCUUUCCUCCUCUCGCUGUCUCCAAAUCUUUUCUGUCUGUGGUCCGCCGGAGCGGCGGAACGGUUUCCCGCUGAGCAUCAGCGAAGAGGAGCGAGUGAACCGAAGCAAAAGACGAGAGAGGAGAGAAGAGCAAAGGAGGACAGCGGUGAUGAUCAGGCACGAGGCAGGAGCCAGAAGUUGUCGAGCGCAGUAAGUGAAGAAAACGGGGGGAGCAGGAAGGACAUUUCCAAAAAGCCAGAGAGAGAGAGAGAGAGAGAGAUGGAGCGGGAGAGAGUGGGACAGACGGGGAGAGAGAGCGAGCCACAGAGGGGAUUAAACAGCCGGAAUGCGCUGACAUCCGAGACCUGAGUUUCUGUUUGUGUUUUUACACGGCACGUCCUGUCACUCCACAGGUUUAUCCACACACACACACACACACACACACACACACACACACACACACACACACACACACAGACACACCAAUUCACCAGCGCACACACACACACACACACCUUCACAUCCAGACGCGCACUCACGCACCGUUUGCUUUGGAGGACGCUCCCGAGAGGCCACGCGGGGAGAAGAGAACACCUUCCAAGGAUCUGUUAACCCUAACACCCCCACCUCCCUCCCUCCUCUUCCACCCCUCACCCUCUGAGCUCGCCUUCCCAAAAGUGCCCUCCCUCUGGCCCUCGCAGCCUACCUGCACCAGUCACAACUCGCUGCAGCUGGGGGGGAGUCACACUCACUUGGGAGCCCGAGAAGCCCUGGAUUGCCCACGGGACGCCGCCGCAGUCACCGCCUGAGGGGCUCCACUGAUCCGUCGACCCCCCCCCCCCCCGAAGGAUGUCCAAGGCCUCCAGGCUGACCCGGCCGCCGUCGAUCGGGGCCCGAUCCAAGCUGGCCCCCUCCAGGAAGGAAUGCCCCGGAGCAACGGGUCGAGCCCGGGUGCUGAGCGUCGGGGAGAAGCUGAUGAGGGCUGGAAGCGACGGCAUCCUGAGCAGACAGAGGUCCUUCAAGGCCGCCGCGCCGCAGGACAAAGCACAGAGCGAGAACCAGCCCGAGACCCCGGCCCCCGGCCAGGGUCCAGGUGAGAAGGGCCAGGACGCGGAGAUGCUCCCUCCCAAGAGCAGGAUCAGCCCACCCAAAGUCGCCAGUCAGCCGCAAGGCUCCGUGCACAAGCAAACCAAAAGCAACCUGAAGGUGACGUCCCCGGAGGACGCGCAGCACGUCGGCCGCAGGCAGGCGUCCCCGAAUGGGACUCCGAAGGGGGACGCCAAAGGCAGCCGCACCGUCCCCCGUAGGCACACGUUGGGGGGAGCCCGCGGCGCCCGGGAGAUCCUGGCCAUGCAGCCGCCGGACAUGGACAAGAAGAGGGAGGCCUUCCUGGAGCACCUGAAGCAGAAGUACCCCCAUCACGCCUCGGCGAUCAUGGGCCACCAGGAGCGGCUGCGAGAGCAGUCUGUGCAGGGCAUGCUCUCCUCCCUUCGCUCAGAGCUUGACAUUCAGAGGUACUUGAUGAAAAUCCAGUUGCCUCACAGAAGCAGAAGCCCAAAGCACGGCCCACAUUCCAGCAUCGGCGACCAGGUUGACCACCUGUCCCUGGCCUCCCUGGAUUCGCUGGACGCCAUGUCCGAGGCCGACUCACCCACAGCCUUCACCCGCGGCAGCCGGAUCCGUGCCAGCCUGCCCGUGGUGCGAUCGACCAACCAGACCAAGGACCGCUCGCUGGGUGUGCUGUACCUGCUGUACGGGGACGAGACCAAACAGAUCCGCAUGCCGAACGAGAUCACCAGCAUGGACACGAUCAGGGCCCUGUUCGUUAGUGCCUUCCCGCAGCAGCUCACCAUGAAGAUGCUGGAGUCGCCCAGCGUCGCCGUCUACGUCAAAGACGACAUGAGGAACAUUUACUACGAGCUGGCGGAUGUCAGGAACAUAGCGGAUCACUCCUGCCUGAAGGUCUACCACAAAGACCCGGCGCAGGCCUUCAGCCACGGGCCGAGACCCGCCAAUGGCGAUGCCAGGAUGCACAGCGAAACGAUGCAUGCCGUCCGGGACGGCCCGCCCCCUCUGCGGCAGCCCCCCGUGGGUCCCCCGUCACACCACCCCAUGCAGGGAGCCCUUCCACCAUCUCCCCACUCCAUGCCCCCGUCCCCCUCCAGAAUCCCAUUCGGCCCGCGGCAGGGCUCUAUACCUGGCAACGGCACUAUCCCAAGGGACCGGCUGUCCAGCGCCAACGCUCCGGCCCGCUCCAGCUCACCGUGUCCCAGCGCCAUCCUGGAGAGACGGGAUGUCAAGCCGGAUGAGGACAGGGGCGGCAAAAGCCAGAGUCUACCGAGGGGAAACGAGAGCUUGUACGCAGACCCGUACUUGCUCCAAGAUGGAAGGAUGAACAUGGCUGCCGCCCACGGACCACAACCCAACCCUGGGAUUGAUGGCACAGAUCACGCCAUGGGGGGAUUUCACCGCGCCUCCAUCCGCUCCACAAGCUCUUACGGCGGGCCGAGCCCAACGGACACUAUGGAUCACCCCUCUCUGUACCGCCAGAAGUCCAGGAACAGCCAGCUGCCUACUUUGGGCUCAAAGACUCCUCCCCCAUCCCCUCACCGGAUGGCUGAGGUACGGAUGAUUGAUAUCCACGGCGGGCCUCCUCAUGGCGGGCCUCCUUAUGGCGGACCUCUUCACGGUAUGCCUCCUCAUGGCGUGCCUCCUCACGGUAUGCCCCCUCAUGGCGUGCCUCCUCACGGUAUGCCCCCUCAUGGCGUGCCUCCUCACGGUAUGCCUCCUCACGUCUUGCCCCCUCACGGCGGGCCCCCUCACGGCGGGCCCCCUCACGGCUUGCCACCUCACGCUGCACCGCCUCACGGCGUUCCCAUGGAGAGAAGCUCACCCGUGCGGCAGUCAUUCCGGAAGGAGGAAGUGGCGGGCACCAAGCCCCGGAACAACAUGGGAUCACCUGUAGUUCCGGACCUCCAGGGGCCCAUUGCUGUUGCCAGUGAGCAUCAGACCCGAGUGCGAAUGAAGGCUAUGGAGCAACAGAUUGCCAGCUUGACUGGUCUUGUUCAGCAUGCACUUUUAAAGGAGCCAAACACUAGUGGCACCAAGGAGCUACUAAGUGAGAGACCACCGAAGACGUCAUCUCCAGCUCACAGUGCACACAGCUCAGGUGGCUCCCCAGUCUUGGCUGCCAAGAGCAGCACAGCUCCACCGGCCACGGGUCCAGUUCCUCUCAAAGUCAACCUCCUGCAGUUCAGGAGGAAUGUUUCUGACCUCAGGGUGCAACUGCAUCAGAUGAGACAGCAGCAGGUCCAGAACCAAGAGGCACUACGAGUCCAGCUCAAGCGGGCGGAGCAGGAAAUCAGUGUCAAGCUCAUGGAGGCCAUGCGAGGCCUGGAGGACCCUGUGCAGAGGCAGAGAGCGUUGGUGGAAGAGGACCGGCACAAGUACUUGGUUCUGGAGGAGCGUGUCCUCACGCAGCUCGGUGAGCUGGAGCAGUAUGUCGGCUCCCUGCAGAAAGACUUGGCAGCGACACAAAGAGCAGUGACUCUGAAGGACGUGGAGGAGGGAGCGGUGACGCUGAGAAAGGUGGGAGAAUCGCUGGCAGGGCUCAAAGGAGAGUUCCCGGCUCUACAAACAAAAAUGCGGUCCGUGCUCAGGGUGGAAGUGGAAGCAGUCAAGUUUUUAAAAGAGGAGCCUCAUAAACUGGACAGCAUGCUGAAAAGGGUCAAGAGCCUGACUGACACACUCAACGGUCUGAGAAGAUGUGCUCCUGAGGGCCCUCAGAAAGGACCAGUGGACAACAGCUCUCCAGCCGCAGCAGAAGCUCCCACACCGCCGGCCCGGCCCAGCUCCUCACCCGGCCCGCUGGAGCCCCAGAGCUCCACCAUCAAAUCAGAGGUGAUGCCUUCCUCCCCGGUGGUCAUCCACCACGUGCAGAGUUCCCCGGUCCACAUACGGCAGUCCCAGCAGUCUGCGGCCCUGACGGCUCAGCCCAGUCCACCGCUCACCCCCAGCCCCACCCCGAGCAAGAGUCAAGACCUGGCCAGGGGAGGGGGAGCCUCGGAUCCACCGAGCCCGGCCCAUCAUAAGAAGACACAAGGCAACCCGGUGAAUAACGGCAAUGGCCCCGCCCCCCAGGGUCUCGUUAUAGAAGAGCUGCAGACCAGCCGGGAGAAGAGCAAAGACAGAGCCAUGUCCAUAAAGGCAGCAGAAAUGGAGUGGGAAGAGAGGAGGCAGAACAUGGGUCACUAUGAUGGAAAGGAGUUUGAGAAGAUCCUGCAGGAAGCCCAGGCCAACAUGAUGAAGGGCAUUCCCAGUCUAGAGGUUGAAGAGAAUCCAACCCUGAUCCCUGACGCCACUACGGAACGAGCAGACACACACAGCCUUGUGGAGUCACUGACAGAGCCCCAGUCUGAGCCUCACUCCGACAAGCCGGGCCAGAAGGGGCCUGAGAAACUCCCAAAGCCCGUGAUGGAGAAACCAGCUAAACCUUCCAAGACCGUCGCCACAAAGCCGACUGAGAGCUUCGCUAAGCAGGGGUCUGAAAAGUCCGGCAAGUCCCCACCGCCACCACCUCCUCCCAGGAAGACUUUCUCCAGCUCCAGCUCCGGCAUGACCACGACGCGCUCCGGCGAAGUGGUCUUUACUAGCAGGAGAGAGUCCGUCUCGGCUCAGGAGUGUGAAGAGGACACUCCACCGCCGAGUCCCCAACCAAAGCCCAACACGGUUCGUCCAGAGACCAAGCCCAAGCCAGCCACCCCUCCCCCGGUCACUCCUCUCGCUACCAGGGAAGAGGAGGACGAAGGCGACAAGAUCAUGGCAGAGCUCCAGGUUUUCCAGAAGUGCACGGUUAAGGACGUAGGGGUGAAAAAUUUGGUAGAACCAACCUCUCGAAUUGAACCGCAAAUCAGAGAACUAAGACCGGGGGCCUUAUUGCCCCUCAAAGAGAAAAAGCAGAGCUCUGAGCCCACUCGAGAUGAUAAAGAUCCAGACAUAGAUGAAAAUGGGAAUACCACUGUCCGACAGAGCCAAGGGGUCAUAUACUAUGUGACCGGUCAGAUUCCCAAAGAGCAUCCGCCCCCGUCAGGAACAGAGGAAACCCCCGAACACCGGGAGCCCACACAGCCUCCAUCACAGGUGUCAAAUGUCAAUGUUAACGACAAUUCUCCAAGCCAGCAGCAGCAGCAGCAGCAGCAGCCGCCACAGUCUCCACCACCCAAAUCACCACCACCUGUCACACCUCCACCUAUAUCACCCAAGCCCGUGGGACUGAAAGGGUUCAAACUUCCAAGGACGCAAGUCAAGCGCGCUGAGUCCUUGAAGACCAGUGCAGAAAUGGAGAAGGGAAAGAACCUCAAUAAAAUGAAUACUGAAAGGAAAAGUAAAGCUAUCCAGCAACGUGUUGAUUAUAGUAAAAUGAUAAUACCCGAGGCUGCGGCUACCACAACGACCGCCGCCGUACGAGAGGCGCCAAAAAGUUCUGUUGCUCCACCAAAAAAGCCUCCAGGCGAGGGCAGCGAUCUACCAACAUCCGAAUCUAACCUUGAGGAGUAUCAUGACGGGGCGAGUCUCAGUCCGGACUUGCCUGGAGAAGAGCCGCCCCCGCCCCCCGACAACAUAGCCUUUAUGAUCACCAACACCAAAGUUCAGGCCCUUUCCCGUGGCGAGUACCAGGAACUGGUCGACGCCAAAAAGGGAAACGACUUCCAGACUUUUACUUUAGGCAAUGCCCCUUACCGGGGCAGCCCGACCGCAGAACCCACCGCGCCGCAGGAUAACGGCUUCAACAAGAAGCCCGUCAUCAUCAUCUUUGACGAGCCCAUGGACAUCCGGUCCGCGUACAAGCGCCUGUCCACCGUCUUUGAAUGCGAAGAGGAAAUGGACAGGAUGCUGGCGGCGGAGUGCAUCGAGGAGGAGAGCGAGGAGUCGGACACCGAGAGGGGCGGCGGGCAGGUUAAAGCGGCGGUGGUCGCCGUCACUCCUCCGAAGGUCGCCGCCGACCACACCAGCUUGUCAUCCUCGUCUUCGUCGUCGAUCCCCGAGCUCACCGAGGGCGGGAUGAAUUUGGAGUCAAACGGCGACGGCAAGCAGGAUGUCAAGAAGAAGUUCAAAUUUAAGUUCCCCAAGAAGCAACUGGCGGCCCUGAGCCAGGCAAUUCGCUCGGGCACCAAGUCCGGAAAGAAGACUUUGCAGGUGGUCGUGUACGAAGAUGAGGAGGAAUCCGACGGUACCAUCAAACAGCACAAAGAAGCGAAGAGAUUUGAGAUCACGCGCUCAAAGUCCGUAUCGGACGCACACAAGGCGACGGGCUCAGCCGCGCCGAAGAGGCAGAAGUCCGACUCCCUCCACAGGACGGACGAGAUCCGGAAGAACACCUACAAGACACUGGACAGCCUGGAGCAGACCAUCAAGCAGCUGGAGACCACCAUUAGUGAGAUGGGGCCGCAGUCCCCCGGGGAGCCGGUCGGCACGGAGGAAGCGGAGUGCGGGAAAAGCUCGGAAGGAGUGGGGCUGAAGAGGUCUUCCUCUCUCCCCACCUCCAGAGGGCCAGGCGCUAAGGUACCCAGCAAAAAUCCACUGCUGAAGAAGAUUAAACCUCAACUCCUUCCUCGCCCUGUAGUCUUCCCUACUACCACCAGCACCACCAUCACCACCACCACUGUCCCCAGUGCCCCCACCACCAACACCAGUGUCGCUUCCCCUACUAGUCGGAUGCCCGUCCCUUUGUCUGCGAAGUCCAGGCAGUCGCCGGGUGCCUCUGACAAAGCAGGAAAACAACAAAAACUGCAGGACGCUCAGAGGCAGUUUCGACAGGCUAACGGAAGUGCUAAAAGAGUGGGAGGGGAUCAUAAAACUACUUCCCCUACUACCCCCACCUCUAAAAUCCGCUUUUACCCUAGCUCUACUAAAGGCAGCUCCCAGUCUGUGCAAAACUCCGGCACUAAUCCCAUUAACCCUUCCUCCUCCUCCUCCUCCUCCUCCUCCUCCUCUGCAAUAAAGUCCAACACCCUGUCCUCCCCCGCUUCUCGUUCCGGUUCCCAACCCUCUUCCCACAUCCCCUCCCUGUCUAACGGAUCUCUCAAACUCCCCUCACCCUCACAGCACACCGGUAAAGCUCUCUCGUUCUCCUCGCAGACUCAGAAUGGUCGAGUGCACUCCUCCUCUUCAUUCUCCUCCUCUUCCUCAUCCUCCUCCACCUCCUCCUCCUCCUCCCCCUCCCCUCUGUCGCCCACUCCUGUGGGCCCAGGCGGAAAGAGCAUCCGCACCAUACACACCCCCAGCUUCACCAGCUACAGGUCCCACAACGGCAGCAGCGGCAAAUCCUGCAUCCCGACAGCCACGGCAGCAAAGGACGCCGCUUAGCCCCGUUAUGGCCCCUGUGGCUUUACCGCAUCGCAGGUACAGCCGGUCGAGUUUCGUUUUUGGCUUUGGUUUGCUGUUUUAUUCUGUUCCUGUAAAAGUAUUAAGUAACGCACUCCCCCACUUAAUGUUUUAUUGUACACUGGCCUUCUCACACCGAUGCUUCUAUAUCUUUUAAGUUGCAAUUUACAUUUUUUUCUUGGAGGUGUGGCACAUGUUCUGUCAAUUUUUUUUAUAAAGGAAGUAGAAAAAAAAAGAAGAAAAGUUUAGUUUUACCACAUUGUAGAUGUGAAAGACUCGUGGUGUUGAAAAUCUAUUUUUUUUGCUGUAGUUAGGGGAAUAUAGAAUUUAUGUACAAUCGCAAAGUACCAUAUCAAAUACUGUGUUUUAUUUUUCAAACCAGAGAUUGAAUAACUAUAGCAUAUUUAAUCUUCUAUAUUUCUUAUGUUGUCAGACAUUCAACACAGCCCUUGUAAAUGCCUUUUAUGAGUAUAUACAUAAUGUAUACAAAUGUUUGUCAAACUCAUUAUUAACCACUGUUUUCCAAGAAAAUUUUCUCAAUUUUCAACCAUACAAACUGCCAAUUUCUUUUACAGAUAUGCAAAACUGGUAUCAUAAGUAAUACAAGUUUUCAUUUUAGUGUGCCUAUUUGCCAAAGUUGUUGUACAAUGAUUCACUUCAGGCCUAAUCCUGUCACAAGAUUAAGAGUAAGUUACAUGCACUCUCUCGGCCUGGCGGCUGAAGUGUUGACCUCAGUGUUUGUGCUGGUGGUCCUGGGUUGUUAGGUUAACAAUGUAUUGUUGUCUAAAUGUAAACUGUACUAAAACAAAGUGAAUCAGUUCUACCACAUGUACAUAGAUGCUUCUACUAAGAAAAUAAGUAGUUUUGUUAACAUACCAAAGUCUGUUUGUAUGCAUGCCUUUCAAAUACUUUAGGAGAGUGAUGUAAAAAAAAAAAAAAAAAGAAUUAUGUUUGCACAAGUAGAUUUUGUAAAUAUCUGGUUUUUCUCUCGUUUUUGUAAAGCUUUAAAUCAGACUAUUACGGAGCAAUGUGGUGAAGACAAAAACUGUGUUGGAGUAGCAAAAAUAAAGAUGUGCAUGCUUGUAAUGCA